AAUCGACCUGACUUUGCGCCGUCGGCACGCAGCUGGAAGCAGCAGAGGAAAGCGAAAAUCGAGACACCUUCUAGUCGCGAGUGGGAGCUUCGAUACGGGGGAGCAGGUCUCUCUGAUUUCGACAUGUCGGCACAUCCAACGGGAGGGUUCUCCCUCUUCCCGAACCCAAACGACGACCCGCGACCGCCAUCACGGUCCCAGAGCAGGCCUCGGGCAACCUCUCCCCGUUCCGGACGAAGAGGCUCGACCGCUCGCGAGGAAAAGCACAGAGCCGUGUCCAACAACCCGUGGCAGCAUGCGCUAGAUGCCGCAAGAUCCGCGGCGGCAGGCCCGUCGACAGCACCAGACGCUGCCGACGAUGCCGUGGUAGAGACCGCAGUCUCCCAGCCCGUGACCGACCCGCCCCAGCGAUGCGAGACGGCCUUCUCCGACGCCCAGACUCUGGUCCGCAGCUCGAGCCAGAGGUCGCGGAGCUCCAUUGCCAAACCCCCAAUCGCACACACCACGGCUGGCCCGUCUUCGUCAUCCCGAUCGGGAGAGUCCCAAGAGCCGGGAGCGAUCCGGUCCAUCUUUCCCCGGUAUAACCCGGACCUCCCCCUAUCCCAGCAAGAGUACUACCCGACCCAGGCGAGCCCGACACACAUCCCACAGUCCGCCAUCAGCAGGCCGCUCUACUCGCCGCCGAGAGCAGCCGCAGCCGCAGCCGCGGAAGCCUCCUCGAACGCCCCGGCAGCGGCCCACACAGCCGGCCCUCCUCCUCACGCCGGCCACUCCGCCGCCCGCUGGCCGCCCUUCAUGGGGCAGCGGCACCACGAGCCAGCAGUCAUGCCUUCAGUAAGCACUACCGAGGACCUCCGGGGGCUCUGGAAGGUCGCGAACGGGUGGAGGGCGUCUGGGUCCGAAGGGCGUAACUACUGCCUCAAGAUGACCGCCUCCCCGGAUCUCCCGCCCUCGUACACGGUCUCCUCCUCCACGGGCCAUCCCUUCUACUGCCUGCGCGUCGAACCGACCUCCUCGUCCGCGCUCGUCACCCUCCACCGCUACGACCCCACCAAGCCCUUCAAGCCCGCCUCCCCGUCCGCCGGCAGCACCUCCGCGAGGGCGAGCCCCGACGGCGGCGGCGGCGGCUCCACCCCCUCGCCGCGCGCCUCCCUCUCCAGCCGCCAAUCCAACUACCCCGUCGUCCCGCAGACCACGGCCUACAGCCCCUCCAACACGGCCCGAAAGUACCAAAAGAACUGGCAAGAAGUUCUGUCGACCCACUUGGCGCCGGCCCCUCUCUUGCCCUCCUCGUCCUCGGGGGGCCCCGACUCGGACUUGAGCUCGAGAGCGGCAGCGGCGGCGGCGGCGGCGGCGGACGAGAACGACGGGCUGGUGGCCCAGCUCUGGCCGGCGGCGGCGGCGCGCCUGGUCGCGGACCGCGCCAACGACGCGACCACGGUGGCGCUGGCGCAGCAGGAGUCGGCGCGCCUCGUCUGGGACGCCGACAGCGGCCACCACUUCCUCGUGCACCCGGCGCUGGCCGUGCCCUUCUGCGUGACCGUCGACCGGCACCCGGCCCUGAGCCGGGCCGAGUACGCGCUCGAGCACCUCGAGUCGCCCGCCCACCUCGCCCGCCUCGUCCGCGACGGCACCGGCUCCGGCUGGCUCGAGGUCGACACCGCCGUCGCCGCCAAGGUCGACGCCGUCUACCUGGUCGACGUCGCCGUCGCCGCCCUCGUCCUCGUCGCCCACCUCGACUCGAAGAAGAACAACGGUUCUCCCGCCAGGGCCGGCAACGGCGGCGGCGGCGGCCUCGAGGUCUUCGAGCCGCCCCCCGUGGUCUACGGCGGGCCCAACGGGAGCGUCUACUCGGGCGGCGGCGACGGCGGGAGGAGGAGCAGCCGGAGCGCGAGGCGGGUCGUGAGCCGGGCGAGCGGGAGGAGGGAGGACAGGGAGCAGGGCGGCGGCGAGGGCAAGGAGAGGUACGGCAGGAAGAAGCGGCGGCGGCGGCGGCCGGCCGAGCAAUUCGAGUUGGACCUCGAGAGCCAGAGCAGCGACCUGGGCAAGGGCAAGGGCGGCGCCGACUUGGACAAGGACAGGGUGCCCGGGGUGCUCCGCGCGCUCGUCGGCCUGGUGACCGUCACGUUCAAGUGCCUCGUCUGGUGCGCCACGCUGGGGGUCAAGAUGCUAGUGGGCGUCCUGUCGCUGUUUACCAGGUGUUGCGGCCUCGGGAAGCUCUAAGUUAAUUAGUAGACCUUUUUAAAAAGGUUGCGACGGCUCGUCCGUCUCCGACGGGUGCAUACAUGCACACAUAAAAAAAUAACGUACAUACGUACAUGGGCGGGAAGAAAUGAUGCGGAACGACAGGGUUGACAGCAAUGACGCGGGGUCUCACAGGAAUGACAGGGAAGCGGGCGUCUUGUUACCUUGGGUUCAUGUUUCUUUACUUUCUUGGUUGGGCU